AUGGCGCGCUACUUCUUACAUUUAACAAUUUUAGUAAUUUAGCAGACACUCUUAUCCAGAACGAAUAACAGUAGUGAGGUUUCGUACUUUCUUCCCGUACUGGUCCCCGUAGGAAUCGAACCCAAAACCAUGGUCUACCAACUGAGCCACAGGGGACCAUAUGCUGCUCAAACGAUCCCCGGACCUGAAAGAGAAGAAGCUUGUUGAAGAGGCAGAAAAUGGAAAAGACACCCCAGCCAAUGGAAAAGCUGAGGCUGAGGAGAAUGGUGAUCAGGACAAUGAUGUAGAGGAGGAUGAUGAUGAUGUGGGAGAGGAGGAGGAUGAGGAAGAUGAUGCUGAGGGUGAUGAAGAAGAUGAUGACGAUGAGGUCGAGGGUCGUGCAGGCAAGAGGGCGGCAGAAGGUGAUGAUGAUGACGAGGAUGAUGUUGAAACAAAGAAGCAGAAAACCGACGAUGAUUAAGAGUUGCGUGUUCAACCCGCUGGAAGCUGCUGCAACCUCUCUCCUUAACCGCCYAACGUUUUGGGGGGAAACUGUGGCCAUCAUCAAGUAGAGUUCAACGUCCGUGUACACACACACCAAACUGCAAUUUUUUUUAGAAAACCCAAGACGUCAAAGUUCUACCUUCUUAACAAGAUACAGUACUUUAAAAUGAGAAUUUGUUUGUAUUUUUAUUUACAUUUUAUAUUUUUGUACAUAUUGUUAGGAGGUCAGCCAUUUUUCGACAGUGAUCUCUGGUUACCAAACGGUGCUUGGAAGUUGAUGCUUCUCUAUGAAAUAGACUUUACUUGUGGUUUGACCAUGCCAUGCUAUCUCAACACAAACAUGUACAAAUUUCAGAAAACAAUUAAAUUCAAAGCAUUCCAGUAACUUUGUAAUUGUACUUUAGUUGUACCAUACAAAGUUGGUUUGUAUGAGAUGGCAAGGCCAAAGAAAAUAGGUUUAUUUUCUGUCUGUUAAAUGGCUGUCUGUUAUGGUCUGUUUAAUGUAUGUGUGAAUUUCUUGUAUGACAAUAAACCUGAAUUUUAUUUUGUGAGUUCUUAA